AUGGCCGCUUCCUAUAAUAGAUCAACAGUUUGUUGUAAUAAUUUCUACUUACCGUUGUUGGUGGUGGCCAUGCUGUGGAGCAGCCCGGGAUCAGAAGCAGCAUUGACCUUGAAUCUAAACCUUUCAUUGGACCUUUGCAAGAAAGCAGACUACCCAGCAUUGUGUCGGUCGGUGGUGAAAGGGCUGACUGACCCAUCAACCGCCAUGGAAACCUCAAUUAAGAAAUUGAUGGUUGAGACGAAGCAGGCGAUGAGUGUGGCUAAAAGGCAGAAGUCGUCGGCCAUGGAUGUGUGCAUAGAGGUUUACGAUGACGCAUAUAGCAACCUGGAGACAAGCCUUUCGAGUCUAAAAUCUCACGACAAGGGAACCCUCAACAUCAACCUCUCGGCAUCAUUGACCGACUACGUCACCUGCGAUGAUGCAAUUGCGGAGAGAGGUUCUACUUCUCCGGUUACCCGAAAUAACAAACUCCUCCGUGAAAUGACCACAAAUUGCUUGUAUUUAUCUGGUUUGAUUCGUCUUCACUGA